AUUAAGUAAACAUAGACGUUAACACUUAUGUGUUUUAUGGAUUUUAUGUUAUUUUAAUAGGAUGUUGAAGAUAUGUGUGUACCUCAUUAUAUUCUGUGUUGGACAAUGUUGUGGAAUUAUAUACCAUUUGAAUGAAACAGAAUAUGAACGGCUGCCUAGGCUGUUCGAUCUGGAGAACUAUGAGAAGUGCAUGGAAGAUUCAGGGGCCAUCUACUGCGUGGCCCAUCUAGAGCUCUACACUCAAGCGGAAAGUGAUCUUUACAGGCUCAUUCAGGAGUAUUCCGAGUACACAUUGAAACAUUACAACUAUUCAAAAAUAGACAGAGGCAUCUGUGUUACGCGGUCAUGUGAACCCUACGCCAGGAACGCUGGCUUAGAUAUAAACAGGGACCUAAGAGCGGUCCUUGAGGGAUGCCUCAAUCAAACUAUGAUCAACAAGUACGAUUUGAUGGCAAGAGUUUAUGGCAUGAAUUGUGAGAAAGAGAAAGAAAAGGCUCAAUUAAAAUUAGAUUAUCUCGAUUAUAUCUUUCUUGGCGUGUUUAUUAUCUUCGUCGUGCUCGCCUUGAUCGGAAGCUAUAGUGACACCUACACAAAGGAUAGUGACGAAAAUCAUAAGAAAGGAGUUUCAGGAAGGGAUUUACUAUUAUGUUUCUCUAUUCCUGAAAACUAUAAAAAAUUGACUACAGUCGAACAAAAGGACGCUCGUUUGGAUAUUUUCAAAUGCGUCCAUGCUUAUCGCACAAUAGUAACAUUCGCCGUGUUAUACGCACACACAGUGCUGCUGAUAGCCUCUGGAUUCACCUCUGAUCCUCACAGCUUCGAAAAGGCCUACGAGUCUAUCACUCUCCGGAUAACUUUCAGCGGCCUGAACGUCGUCCAGGUGUUCUUCUUCAUCACCGGCAUGCUGCUGUCGUACUUCAUGGAGGUGGCCGCGGAGACGCACAAUAUGUGCUGGAAAAUGAUACCAAAUAUCGUAUUUUAUAGAUGGUGGAGGCUAACGCCCUCAGCGGCAAUGGUGGUAGCUUUCUCCGCGACCUGGAUGCGGCACCUCGGCAGCGGCCCGCUCUGGAACACCUGCGUCACCAACGGCACCUCGGGCCAGUGCCGGCGCUUCUUCUGGGCGCACUUGUUCUACUUCAACAACUACAUUCCCGAAGACACGCUAUGUGCUCUGCAGACUUGGUACAUAGCUGCCGAUAUGCAGGUAUUCGUUGUAGGUGUCAUUAUACAUUUUGCGAUCAGAAAUCGAAGUACGAGCUUUAAGAUAAAAUCCCUGACGUCACUCCUCCUAUUGUCUAUGACCGGCCCAGCGCUGCAGGUGUGGUGGCAGGAUAUAGACGCGUUCGCAAUGCAGAAACCGGAAGUGUAUCGCACAGUCAGCGACGUGAACUUACGCAAUCUCCACGUUUUGGGACACAACAAUCUGUCCGCCUCCAUCAUUGGCUUGGCCACAGGAUAUCUGAUCUACUUCUUGCAAAAGAACAAAGUGGAAUAUCCGAACUUCAAGAUUGGUAGAUUCUUCAGCUGGUUCACGAUACCAACGUACCUCUUCUUGCUGUACUGUGGCAGCUUGUUCUACCACGACGGUGAACGACCGUCUCUGGCGCUGCGUGUGCUGUACGCAGCGACCAAUCGAGCGAUUGUUGGAUUUAUUUCUGCAUAUGUGAUGGUAGCAGUUACAUUAAAGUUCAAUGGAUUCACGAAAGCUUUGUUAGAACACACAAGCUGGGUGAUACCAAGUAGACUGUCUUUCUGUGUGUAUCUGCUACAUUUAGUUUUCAUAGACUUUGGUCUUGGAAGCAGGACGCAGCUGACUCCUGUGUCGUUUUUUAACACGUUCUUCAUAUCUGUCGGAGUCUUGGUGUCCACUUACGCGAUUGCUGUACCCUUCCACCUUCUCAUCGAGGCGCCGACAGCUCGUCUCAUGAAACUAUCUGAUCAUAAAAAGACUGAUAAAAAGUUGGCAUAGAAGUUUUUUUAGUUAUAUAAGUGUUUAACUAAUUGUAAAAUAAAUUAAUAAUC